GCAGCAGCCCCAGCCGGCACGAGAGCAAGUGACAGAAGCCUCUUUCUCAGGAAACCCUUCGUGUGAGGGGAAAAUUAAAAAAAAAAACAUUUGGAAGUAAUCCAUUGGAGCACAUUUUCCAACAGACAGCAGACAUGAGCAUCCUCUUCCGCGCACGUCUGCUGUUAUGCGUGUAUUGGACAACUGCGCUAAUUGUUGGGGUCAGCUCAGAUGGGGCGUGUCUCCAGGAUGGGAAGCACAAAGGCACGCCCAGCCCAGAGCCUCUCCUGAGGGAAUGUAGGCUGUAUGCCGACAAUAGUUGCUGCACGCAGGAAGACAUCCAGGAUAUCUCUCAUUCGCUUUCUGCCAGCAAUCAGAAUGAACCGUGGGACAAGUGUGGGCCAUUAAAUCCUGCGUGUGAAGGCUUCCUGAAGCGUGUGUCAUGUUUCUACAGCUGCUCCCCAGAUGCCGCCCGUUGGCAACAUCCCCGUCGCCACUCCUCCAUCCGGGCCGUGCCCCUCUGCUUCAGCUUUUGCCGCGAUUGGUUUGAUGCCUGCAGAACAGACCUAACAUGUGCCCGUAAUUGGGCCAUAGACCCAAGAGGACACAACUGCACCGGAACCUGUGUUCAGUAUCAGCAGAUGUAUCAACAUGGCAGAGAUCUGUGUGAAAGCCUGUGGGGUGACGCCUUCAUGACUGUCGAAGAUGCAUCUGAGGAGGCCGGAGAUGCCCACGCAAACGCCAGCCCCGGAGGUGGUCGCCCUUGUGGCUGCCUGACCCUCAGUCCUUCUGACAAGGAUGUGAUCUCUGCCCUCCGGGCCCACCAGGACGACCCGGAGGAGCUGGACACCACCAAGACUGGGCUGCCUCCCUACCGGUCUCCUUGCCAGACCAAGCUGCCCCCGCAGACGGGGAGCGGCAGGAAAGGGAACUCUGUCCUGCGCAAACGUUCGGUCGUAUUGGACGACGGGGAGGGUAGUGGAAGUGGCUUGUAGUAAAUAAGAUUCCGUAAAUGUAUUUAGAAAUAAUUGUCUAGCUCUUAUCAUACGGUACAUGUAUUGAAGUGGAGUUUUACCUCAUUGCGUUCGCUAACUUUCACCGCUGCCGUCACCAUAUUUCAAGCACAAUGAGAUGACAUGUCAAGAUGGUUGCUUAUGAAAUAUUUACUCCCUCAGUGUUUUGUCUCAAAAUUACAAGGCAAAGCUUAAUGUUCUCAGUAAUUGGGAAGUUUUUGCACAGUGCAUAAUGAAUUUUGACAUUAGGAACUUGAAUGGCAAAACAAUAAUAAUGACAUCUGUUUGAAUCCGUGCUCUAAUUAGUUUUUCCAAGCAAAUUGUUGUUGUGAAGCCAUAUUGUGCAGUGUGCUUGUCAUGGAGUAUUUUAAAGAGAAAUGGUUCACAGAACGUAAGUGUUAUAAUGCAUGUUAGUGUUUGGGAUACGAAGAGUGUGGUAUGAUAAUGGCACUACAAAAAUAUGCUUUGUACCAUGUGGAAGGUUUAUUCAGAAAUAAAUUCUGCUCCAAUGUUAGACUAAAUCCACAGAGAGUGCGACAUAGUGAAUGUUUCUAUUCUGAUUCCAUGAUGUAGCUCCAUUUUGAGGUAUGAUUAGAUGUAAAUGUUUUUUCAAGGGAAAGUACCCUAAAAUUGCUGUUUGUGCGGUUAUCGUUAUAUUCUCAAUAAAGAAAACCUUAUA